AUGAUACCUUUCUGCUUCUCAUCAGGGUCCCAUCCGUUGGACAAUGCAGGGUUCUUCUCUCUUGGUUCAUUUGCCUGGAUGACGCCCAUGAUAUGGAGAAUCUUCCAGAACCGACUGGACCCAAGCUCUCUGGUUCUCUCACCGCACGAUGGAGCCAGCGCCAACGGGAACCGGAUGGAGCAGUUGUGGCAGGAGGAGGUGUCUCGUGUGGGCCUGGAGAAGGCGUCUCUGGGGAGGGUGGUGAUGCGCUUCCUGAAGACCCGCCUCUUCCUCAUUGCCAUCACCUGCAUUCCCCUGGCAGUGUUCAUGUUCAUUGGACCGGCCAUGUUGGUGAAGGAGAUUCUAAGUUAUGUGGAGACACCAGGUCACUCCUCUCUGAGUUACGGUUUGGGAAUGUGUUUUGCCCUCUUCGUCUCAGAGUUCAGCAGGACCUUCAUAAACUCGUUGUUAUGGGCCAUCAGACUGCGCACGGCUACACACAUCAAAGGAGCGCUCUCCACGCUCGUCUUCAGGAAGAUCAUCAACAUGCGCAUCAUCACCAGUGUGUCUGUGGGACAGGUCAUUAACGUGUUGACGACAGAUAGCCACCGGAUGUUUGAUGCGGUAGUGUGGGUCUCCUUUCUGUUCGGUGUACCAGUAUCCCUUCUGCUCAGCAUCUUCUACUGCUGUUAUGUUCUUGGAUACACCGCCCUCAUCGGAAUCUCCGUCUACCUGGUCUCUAUGUCUGUACAGUUCUGGUUUAACAGGGUGAUACACAUGUUCCGGAGUGAAGUUGCCGUGGUAACGGAUAGCCGAGUGUGCAUCAUGAACGAGGUUCUCACCUACAUCAAGCUCAUCAAGAUGUACGCCUGGGAGGAGUCCUUCCAGAAGAAGAUUGCAGACGUCCGUAAGGAAGAGAGAAGCCUUCUCCAGAAGGCCGGUUAUGUGCAGAGUGUUAACAAUGCUAACACAGCCAUUGUCCCCUCCCUGGCCACCAUCCUCAUGUUUGUCAUUCAUACACACCUCGGACUUCCUCUGGACUCCUCCACGGCCUUCACCAUCAUUUCUACCUUGAAUUCAAUGAAUUUCUUUAUGCGCUCUCUGCCGACGAUUGUCAAACAUUUUGCUGAAGCAAUUGUGUCCCUCGCACGUUUCAAGGAGCUGCUGUUGCAGCGGAACCCCGAGUCCUAUCUGACCCAGAGGAAGGGGCUGGGAGCGGCUCUGGUGAUGGAGAACGCCUCCUUCUCCUGGACCUCACCUGACAGCUCACCUGAGACCACACACGAAAACACACACACCUCAGAGAACAAACCCACCCUCAGAAACAUCAGCUUCACCCUGCCCAAGGGAAAUCUGCUAGGAGUUUGUGGAAAUGUGGGCUGCGGGAAAACAUCUCUCAUAUCCAGCAUCCUAGAACAGAUGCACCUGCUGAAGGGUUCAGUGAUGGCGGACGGGGCAUUUGCCUACGUUUCCCAGCAGGCCUGGAUCUUCCACGGAUCUGUGAAGGACAACAUCCUCAUGGGAGAGCCUUUCAACCAGCAAAGGUAUAGUGAAGUAAUCAGGGCAUGUUCCCUUGAGUCAGACUUGGCCAUACUCCCCUACGGUGACGAGACUGAGAUUGGUGAGCGUGGACUGAACCUGUCGGGCGGUCAGAAGCAGCGGAUCAGUCUGGCCCGAGCGGUCUACUCAAACCGGGACAUCUACCUGCUGGACGACCCGCUGUCUGCAUUGGACGCUCAUGUUGGCAAACACAUCUUCAAGGAGUGUGUGAAAAAGGCCCUGAAGGGCAAAUCGGUCAUCCUGGUCACUCACCAGUUAAAGUACCUGGAGUUCUGUGAUGAUGUGCUGCUUCUUGAGGAUGGUGAGAUUAAGGAGGCGGGGACACACACGUCUCUGAUGAAGGCUCAGGGCCGCUACGCUCAGCUCAUCAACAAUUUCCAGCUGGAGCAGACGAACGUACGUCAAAAACACACAACACACUCACCCUCGCUCUGGAUAGAACAUCCCCAGAACACAAGCAGCGGAGUCACCAACCCUGCUUUUGACAUGUCAGAUGAAGUGAAUGAGGGAGAAGAUGCUGGUCAUACUCCUGACAAGACAGAUUUGGAGCACCAACUGGUCAAACAGGAGGUCACUCAGGAGGGAUCAGUGACAUGGCGAACAUACCACCAGUACUGCAAAGCUGCAGGAGGUUAUAUCCUUCUCUCCUUGAUCAUGCUGAUUUAUGUUCUGCUGGUGGGGAUGACGGCCUUCAGCAACUGGUGGCUAAGCUACUGGAUGGACCAAGGAUCAGGGAACUGGACGAACUCCACUCUUCAGGGGGCCUCUGCAGGAGACGUCUCCCUUAAUCCUGACCUCCACUUCUACCAGAUGGUCUACGGCCUCACUGCAGUUGCCAUGGUAAUCUUCAGCCUCAUCAAAGGCUACUGCUUCACCAAGGUGACGCUAGGUGCCUCCUCCAAACUCCAUGACACAAUGUUUCACAAGAUCCUCUUCAGUCCGAUGAGCUUCUUUGAUACCACACCCACGGGCCGCAUGGUGAACCGGUUCUCCAAGGACCAGGAUGAGCUGGACACAGCUCUGCCCUUCCACAUGGACUACUUGCUGCAGUUCGGCCUCAUGUUCACCUUCAUCAUCGUCAUCGUCUCCUCCGUCUUCCCCCUCAUGCUCAUUGCCAUGGUCGUGUUCGGACUUGUCUGCGUGCUCCUCUCCUAUGUGUCCCAUCGGACCAUCCGUAAAAUGAAGCGCAUGGAGAACGUGAGUCGCUCACCGUGGAUCUCUCUCACUACCUCAGUCAUCCAAGGCCUCAGUACUGUACACGCCUACAACAAGAGACAGCAGUACAUCGAGCAAUUCCAUCACGUAAUGGACACCAACUCUAACCAUCUCCUGCUGUUUUACUGUGGCAUACGCUGGCUGAUAUUCUGGUUGAACACAAUCUCUUCCUCGGCAAUCCUGUUGGUGGCGCUGUUUGUUGUACUCAGCCCAGACACCAUCAGCCCCUCCAUGAAGGGCUUCGUCCUGUCCUACACCAUAGAGCUCACUACUUUGCUACAGUAUCUUUUUAGGAUUUCUUCGGAACUGGAAGCCAGAUUUACCUCCGUUGAGCGGCUGAUGGAAUACAUCACGGGUUGUGUGUCAGAGGCUCCUCGGCGGGUGCAGGGGGUUCACAUUCCAGAGGGUUGGCCCCAUCAAGGUUCCAUCACCUUCAAGGACUACAACAUGCGUUACCGGGACAACACACCCAUUGUGCUCAACAGCCUGUGCUUCACCAUCAAGCCCAAAGAGAAGCUCGGCAUUGUGGGACGGACUGGAUCUGGGAAGUCAUCUCUGGGCGUGGCGCUGUUCCGCCUGUCUGAGCCAGCAGGGGGCACUGUGCUGAUAGACGAGGUGGACACCAGUUCCAUCGGCCUGCAGGACCUCAGGAGUCAGCUGUCCAUCAUCCCACAGGACCCAGUGCUCUUCAUAGGAACAGUCAGAUAUAACCUGGACCCGUUUGAUAAGCACAGCGAUGGGGAGAUCUGGCAAGCUCUGGAGAAGUGCUAUAUGAAACAUACGAUCUCACAGCUUCCUGAACAUCUGGAGGCUCUGGUUGUGGAAACUGGACAGAACUUCUCAGUGGGGGAGAGACAGCUGCUGUGUAUGGCCAGAGCACUGCUGAGGAACUCUAGAAUCAUCUUGCUGGAUGAGGCCACGGCCUCUAUUGACUCGGAGACAGAUUCUCUGGUGCAGCAGACCAUCCGGGAGGCCUUCAGAGACUGCAGUGUCCUCACCAUAGCCCACCGCAUCAACACCGUCCUGCAGAGUGACCGCAUCCUUGUUAUGGACAAUGGACGGGUGGCAGAGCUGGACCCUCCGGAGGUUCUGAUGCAGCGGCCAGACUCUUUGUUCUCCUCCCUGCUGGCAGCAGCUAACCAGGUCAACACGUGAUGAAGGACACACACACACACACACACACACACACACACACACACACACACACACAGUGGCUUAGUUGGUUGGUUGGCACGGGGAUGCAGAGCUAGAGUUCAGUAGGGUGACAGCUGCAGGGAGGAAGCUUUUUCUGAACCUGCUGGUUCAGGUGCAGACUAGGGUGAUGAGGCUUGUUGGUGUGAGAACAGUCUUUGAUGAUGCUGCGCACACACACAGACACACACACACACACACACACUAGGGUGAUGAGGCUUGUUGGGAUGAGAACAGUCUUUGAUGAUGCUGCGCGCCUUAAGUAACCAUUGUUUGCCCUGGAUGGUCUCAAUGGAGGGGAGUGAGGAACCGAUGAUGCGUUGGGCAGUUUUCACCACCCUCAACAAUUGGCGUCGUCUUGACACCUCAGUAUUCAGAAAACUUUUUUCUAUUUGGGUUUUAUCUGAGUUUUAUUUUAUUUUAUUUUUUAAUGUGACGGUUGACAGUGCUUAACAUAUCAUAAAGCAUAUAAAACCAACUUUUCUAUUUUAUAUCGGUUAUAUAUUAUGUAGUGUACCAUGCUGUGGGCAGAAUUGUCAACAUUUCGAAAGAAAUCUAAGUUGAAGCAUACUGAGAACUCAUGGAGCUAAAAUGUAAACAGAAUGAACGGAAGUUGAAAACCGGCCAGAUUUC